GUGAUUUUAUUUAAAUACUGCAGAUAAUACUUUUAUUUAGUACAAAACAUUUGAAUUAAAUUAUCUUAGGUAAUGAUAUGUAAAUUUCGUUUUUAUCAGUUUUUUAUAAACUGCUACUUAUUGCAGCAUUAAUUAAUUAAUACAUACUUGUUUUAUGUGUAUCCACAUAUUGAGUAAAUAAAUGUAAUUAAGUCAAGUAAUACGUAGUUGUUAAUUAAGUUUAAAAAUAAUGUAAACUUUUUUAAAAUUAACGUUGAGGGUUAUUGAGCCACUUUUUAUUAUCUAUGAGAAAAAAAACAGACAUUCAAAUUGAACGAAACAUAACCAAACAUUCUCCAUUCUAUAAUUUCAAUAUCUAUGACGUAUAUAACGGAUUUCUUGGUUUCAAAGGAGUUCUGUAACUUGGUAAAGUAUAAAACAGAUAAAAAAUUGCAAAGAUACUCGUAUAUACAUAAACACACUGCUGAAUUAUACUGUAGCAACAUGAAUUUGAACACAGUUACAAAUACUUCUGCGUCUCCCCUCAGGAAAUUUCAAUUAAGUGAUAUACAGAAUACAAUAGACUUACUACAGCACGACGAUAAUGCUGAAAGAUUACAAAGACGAAGUUUAGUUGGAAGCAAAGUGGACAUUCCUGAAAUGAGCGGUCUCAUUAAAGUAGGAGAGCAACAACUAAUACAAGACCACUUCCAGUUAUGUGUGAAAAUGUUUGUAGAAAAUAAAAUUAAUACAAAGAAUGUGUGGAAUUUAAAGGCUAUUGAUUAUAUGGAAACAGUACUACAAUUGCAAUCAAGCAAUAAGAAUUUCCUUCACAUUGGAGGUACAUCAUUGGAUAUAUGUUCUAAAGUUUAUGGUUUAAGAGUAGAUGAUCUAUAUGCAAGUGGACUUCAACUUGUAGACAGCAUAACACGAUCUGAUGUAAAAUCAAUAGAAAUUGGUCAUUCAGAUGAAGAAAAUGAAAAUCAUAAAAAGAAAAGCAAAAAGAAAUCAAAAAAAGGAAGACCAGAAUUGAAAAGCACUGUUGUAAAAGACUUAAAGUCAAUAACAGGAAAUCUCCCAAAAUUAGAGUUAAACCACUUCCAAACCAGAUUAGGUGUUGAUACUGGCAAUACUGGUUUAUUAUUCACUAAUACUUUACAAAUGCAUCCUUUUAAUUACAGUUUCCUAAUAGUAAGUAGUCAAGUACCUUGGGUAUCUUAUUCUAAUUUAUUUACCAAACCAGUAAAUGACUCAACUAGAUCGUACAUUUGGCCUUUAAGAUGUACUGAAAAUGCGUUGGUAAUUUGCAAAGCAUUUACCAAUUUUGAAAUAAAUCAAUUAAAUCCCGAUGAAAGUGGCAGUUGCAUAAUGCAUCAGAGUUUUGACAGUAUAAUAAUCAACGAAAAGGGUCUCCCAGUUGCCGAAUUGGAUGGAUCUGUUCACGAUUCUUUUAACAUUAAAAAUGGUAUUCAAGGCCUAGAUGAUGUAGAUAAUCCUGAAGUGCAAUACAAAAUUUAUAAUGAGCCCGAACAUCUUCUGACUUUUAAACCUGAAGAUCAUGCAACCGUUUGUAAUGAGUAUUCUUACGCCUGUUGUGGCUCUUACAUAAAUAAUAGCAGAAACACAAUAACUCAAAUGUGGGCAGGCCCUAGCCACUGGAAAUUAAAAUAUAUACGCCCAGCAGUAAGGAAGUUUUCUGGAAUAGAGCAAAGACAAAAAAAUGGGAGAAGAGAAAAAGAGACGCUUUCUGUUAUAAAUUUUUAUAGUUGUCCUAAAUUAACAACUGUUAAGUACAAAUCAAAGAAAACUUCGUGUCUACAUAACGCUGGCAGGCUAACCAUACCAGAGAAUCACGUUCAGAAGAUGUUUACCGAUUUUGGAAUAAAAUUGGCAAGCAAGCCGCUUGUAAUUUAUCCUAGAAAUUCGAGGAAAAUGUUAACUAAUUUAGAACCCGAUUUACCCUUCAAUUAUAAAAAUCCGAACGAUUCGGAAUAUUGUUGCGAAAAUAAUCUCGAGCGAAGAUCUUUCGAGGUUCAAGAAGGAAAAAAUCCUAGUGAUGAAUACCAAAAUGAAGACUGUGACAAUGUUAAGCAAGCGGAGAAAAAUGACAACUUUAUCGGCGAAAAUUUAGUUUCCUGUCCGCAAAUUGUCCAAAAGUCGUUCAUACCCUAUGCUCUAACGUCUAAAAAGCUCGAUAUUCGACAACUUAAAAAUGCCGUAUGGAAAUUCAUUGAAUCGGAAGAUGUUAAGAAAAAUGUUCAAGUUGCACAGAGACAACCAAUUCUAUUUUCCAAAAUUUAUAAAAAAGUUCCUAAUUUAAUAUCAAAGAAAUUAAAGGAGGAAGUGAGUUUACCUGUUACUUUUGUAGCCUUUCUGCACUUGGUUAAUGAGCACAAUUUGAUAAUUGAAAAACAUAUAAAUGACAUAACUGAUUUUAAAAUUAAAGUAAAAUGAUUUUGUAUGCCAUAUAAAAAUGUUUCCACAUACAAAAUAUAUUAUAAAUACAAGUGGAUUUUUUGUUCUCACACCAUGUCAUUUUUAUUUAUUUAAAUUGAUUGAGUGAUUGAAUA